AUGAAAAUAAUUUCGUGGAUCCUUAUUUAUUUUGGAUUCCUAUGGGAAUUGCAUGGAUCCACAAUUAUUACAAAAGCCUGUCCUCUUGAAUGUAUUUGCUUGUCACAAACAGAGGUGAUUUGCAGUUCGGGCGGCUUAACGGAGAUACCUGUGAAAAAAUUUCCCACCACUGUAGAAAAAUUGUCGAUGACCAAGAACAACUUCCCGUACGUCAAAAGUGAUGCAUUUGGCGGUCUUCGGGCACUGCGGAAGUUGACGUUAGACGGCAACAACAUCACCAUAAUUCGUCCAUUCGCGUUUCGUGGUUUACCGCGACUUCGUGAAUUAACAAUCCACAAUACCGCCAUCGAUAAAGUCGCACAAUUUGCAUUUGCGGGGCUGCAAAAUCUAACACUUCUCGCGUUAACGAGCAAUAAAAUCCUCAAAGUUGAGGGUUAUGCGUUCGCGGGUUCCGCUAAUAUUCGGCUAAUUACGCUGAAAAAUAAUCCCUUAGUUAGAAUUGAAACAAAUGCAUUUUCGAGUUUAACGAAUGUCGAAAGGAUAAUUUUGCCGUCAGGUAUUCGAGCGAUAGAGCCGGAUGCCUUUCAGGGUCUCGAUACCGUUGGCUCGAUAAAGCUGUCGUUUAUGGAUUUGCGAUCGCUGGCACCAUUUACCUUCCGUGGCCUCAUCAACAUCAACUUGCUGUCGUUGCAAGAGUCCGAUUUGGGGGUUUUGUGCGCCCAAAGCUUCGAGGGAUUGUCGCACGUCGAGACCCUCAGUAUUUUGAACAAUAAAAUCGAUGCGAUACAAGAACUCAAUAUCUCGUAUGGGCAUCACGUGAAACAGUUUCGGAUACAGGGCAAUCACCUGCUGGACACACCCGAGCCGGGGAGCAUCAUUCUCGACGGGAUCGAGCAACUUGUCGUUGUAAAUAAUCACUUUCCGUGCGGUUGUCACAUCCACACGCUACUCGAUAGUCCCUUUGCCAACGGGACCUAUCAACAGGGGGAUUUUCUCAAGAAUAACUUUUGCAUUUCGCCGCUCGAGGUCAACGGCAGACGCAUGAGCGACAUCGAUAUUUUCUCGAUUGGUCGCUGCCACGAACAAGUGACGCGCGAAAACUUGGAGGGAUCGCAUGCCGUUUCCAUUUACACGUCUACCAAUUCCCACCAGCGUUUUUACAUGUCGCACACCAAUUUACUCGUAGUUCUCUUAUUGUUUCUAGUAACGUUCCAUUAUGCGAAAUAUCAGAUGAAAGUUAGUUGA